GCUCGCCCUCCGGGGCGGUGGGGCAUGGCCUGAGGGUCCCCCGUCUCCGGGGGGGUGGGGGGUGGGGGGAGGGGGGAGGGGCCGCGGGCGCCGCCGACCGGGACUCAGCAGCCCCGCCAGGCAGCCGCCUGUGAUGCUGCUGUCCCCUGUCGCCCCGUGGCCCCACGAUGACCCACAGCCCCGCGUCAAGCGAGGACGAGGAACGCCACAGUGCCAGCGAGUGUCCCGAGGGGGGCUCAGAGUCCGACAGCUCCCCAGACGGGCCCAGCAGAGGCCCCCGGGGGACCCGGGGCCAGGGCAGCGGGGCACCUGGUAGUCUGGCCUCCACCCGAGGCCUCCAGGGCCGCUCCAUGUCUGUCCCGGACGACGCCCACUUCAGCAUGAUGGUCUUCAGGAUUGGCAUCCCGGACCUGCACCAGACAAAAUGUCUCCGCUUCAACCCUGAUGCCACCAUCUGGACAGCCAAGCAACAGGUGCUCUGCGCCCUGAGCGAGAGCCUGCAGGAUGUGCUCAACUACGGUCUGUUCCAGCCGGCCACCUCCGGCCGCGAUGCCAACUUUCUGGAGGAGGAGCGGCUUCUUCGAGAGUACCCCCAGUCUUUUGAGAAGGGGGUGCCCUACCUGGAGUUCCGAUACAAGACCCGGGUUUACAAACAGACCAACCUGGAUGAGAAGCAGCUGGCCAAAUUGCACACGAAGACGGGGUUGAAGAAGUUCCUGGAAUACGUGCAGCUCGGGACGUCCGACAAGGUGGCAAGGCUGCUGGACAAGGGGCUGGACCCCAAUUAUCACGACUCGGAUUCGGGAGAGACCCCCCUGACGCUGGCAGCCCAGACCGAAGGCUCCGUAGAGGUGAUUCGAACCCUGUGCCUGGGAGGGGCCCACAUCGACUUCCGGGCCCGGGAUGGCAUGACCGCGCUGCACAAGGCCGCGUGUGCCCGUCACUGCCUGGCUCUCACGGCACUCCUGGACCUUGGGGGCUCCCCCAACUACAAGGACCGCCGAGGCCUGACCCCUCUGUUCCAUACGGCUAUGGUGGGGGGUGACCCCCGCUGCUGCGAGCUGCUCCUGUACAACAGGGCCCAGCUGGGCAUAGCUGAUGAGAACGGCUGGCAGGAGAUUCACCAGGCCUGCCAGCGAGGCCACUCUCAGCACCUGGAACACCUGCUCUUCUAUGGGGCUGAGCCGGGAGCCCAGAAUGCCUCGGGGAACACGGCCUUGCACAUCUGCGCCCUCUACAAUAAGGAGACCUGUGCUAGGAUCCUCCUCUAUCGAGGAGCUAACAAGGAUGUGAAGAAUAACAAUGGACAGACCCCCUUCCAGGUGGCUGUGAUCGCUGGGAAUUUUGAACUGGGGGAGCUGAUCCGAAACCAUCGAGAACAGGAUGUGGUGCCCUUCCAGGAGUCCCCCAAGUACGCAGCCCGGCGACGGGGACCCCCAGGCGCAGGGCUGACGGUGCCCCCGGCACUGCUUCGGGCCAACAGUGAUACCAGCAUGGCCCUGCCUGACUGGAUGGUGUUUGCCGCCCCGGGGACCUCGUCCUCUGGGGCCCCCGGCCCUACCUCAGGGCCCCAGGGCCAGUCGCAGCCCUCGGCCCCCAGCACCAAGCUCAGCAGUGGGACCCUCCGAAGUGCCAGCAGCCCCCGGGGCGCCCGGGCCCGCUCCCCAUCCCGCGGGAGGCACCCUGAAGAGGCCAAGAGGCAGCCCCGUGGACGGCCCAGCUCCAGCGGGACGCCCAGGGAAGGGCCAGCAGGGGGCACAGGGGGCUCAGGGGGCCCUGGGGGCUCCCUGGGCAGCCGCGGGAGGCGCAGGAAGCUCUACUCGGCGGUACCCGGACGCUCCUUCAUGGCCGUGAAGUCAUACCAGGCCCAAGCGGAGGGGGAGAUCUCCCUGAGCAAGGGCGAGAAGAUCAAAGUGCUUAGCAUCGGGGAAGGAGGCUUCUGGGAAGGCCAGGUCAAAGGUCGCGUUGGCUGGUUCCCCUCUGACUGCCUGGAAGAGGUGGCAAACCGCUCCCAGGAGGGAAAGCAAGAAAGCCGCAGUGACAAGGCAAAGAGACUCUUCCGGCAUUAUACCGUGGGCUCCUACGACAGCUUUGAUGCCCCAAGCUUGAUGGAUGGGAUUGGCCCAGGGAGCGAUUACAUCAUUAAGGAGAAGACAGUCUUGCUGCAGAAGAAGGACAGUGAGGGGUUUGGGUUCGUGCUCCGGGGGGCCAAGGCGCAGACCCCCAUCGAGGAGUUCACCCCCACCCCGGCCUUCCCGGCGCUGCAGUAUCUGGAGUCCGUGGAUGAGGGUGGCGUGGCAUGGCGAGCUGGACUGCGGAUGGGAGACUUCCUCAUCGAGGUGAACGGGCAGAAUGUGGUGAAGGUCGGCCACCGACAGGUGGUGAACAUGAUCCGCCAAGGGGGCAACACGCUGAUGGUCAAGGUGGUGAUGGUCACCAGGCACCCGGACAUGGAUGAGGCUGUCCAUAAGAAAGCACCCCAGCAGGCUAAGCGGCUCCCGCCCCCAGCCAUCUCUCUUCGUUCCAAGUCCAUGACCUCAGAGCUGGAGGAGAUGGAGUACGAGCAGCAGCCUCCGCCGGUGCCCAGCAUGGAGAAAAAGCGGACCGUGUAUCAGAUGGCUCUCAACAAACUGGAUGAAAUUUUGGCGGCAGCUCAGCAGACCAUCAGCGCAAGCGAGAGUCCUGGACCUGGUGGCCUUGCGUCGCUGGGCAAACACCGGCCCAAAGGCUUCUUUGCCACCGAGUCAAGCUUCGAUCCGCACCACCGCUCCCAGCCAAGUUAUGAACGUCCUUCUUACCUGCCUCCAGGACCCGGGCUUAUGCUCCGGCAAAAAUCUAUCGGGGCUGCAGAAGAUGACAGACCCUACCUAGCACCCCCAGCCAUGAAGUUCAGCCGCAGCCUGUCUGUGCCUGGCUCGGAGGACAUCCCUCCGCCGCCCACCACGUCCCCACCGGAGCCCCCCUACAGCACACCUCCGGUCCCCUCCUCCUCUGGCCGCCUCACCCCAUCCCCCAGAGGAGGGCCCUUCAACCCCAGUUCGGGUGGCCCCCUCCCGUCCUCUUCCCCUGCGUCCUUCGAUGGGCCCUCCCCUCCCGACACGCGCGUAGGGGGCCGCGAGAAGAGCCUGUACCACAGCGGGCCCCUGCCCCCCGCCCACCACCACCCGCCCCACCACCACCACCAUCACGCCCCGCCCCCCCAGCCUCACCACCACCACGCCCACCCCCCUCAUCCCCCGGAGAUGGAGACGGGCGGCUCUCCCGACGACCCCCCACCCCGACUGGCCCUGGGGCCGCAGCCCAGCCUGCGCGGCUGGCGGGGUGGCGGGCCCGGCCCCACCCCGGGGGCCCCGUCCCCGUCGCACCACGGCGGCGGGGGCGGGGGCAUCGGCUCCUCCCAGGCCCCGGCCCUGCGCUACUUCCAGCUGCCCCCCCGGGCGGCCAGCGCGGCCAUGUACGUGCCAGCCCGCUCGGGCCGCGGGCGCAAGGGGCCCCUGGUCAAGCAGACCAAGGUCGAAGGCGAGCCCCAGAAGGGCGGCGGCCUCCCGCCCGCCCCCUCGCCCACGUCCCCGGCGUCCCCGCAGCCGCCGCCCGCCGCGGCCGCGCCCUCAGAGAAGAACUCCAUCCCCAUCCCCACCAUCAUCAUCAAGGCUCCGUCCACCAGUAGCAGCGGCCGAAGCAGCCAGGGCAGCAGCACCGAGGCGGAGCCCCCGACCCAGCCCGAGGCCGCGGGCGGCGGCGGCGGCGGCGGCGGCGGCGGGGGCGGGGGCGGCGGGGCCGGCGGGGGCGGGGGCUCCUCGGCGCCCAGCCCCGCCCCGGCCAUGUCGCCGGUGCCGCCGUCGCCCUCGCCGGUGCCCACCCCCAGCUCGCCCAGCGGCCCGGCCACCCUCGACUUCACCAGCCAGUUCGGAGCGGCCCUGGUGGGCGCGGCGCGGAGGGAAGGCGGCUGGCAGAACGAAGCCCGCCGGCGGUCCACGCUCUUCCUCUCCACCGACGCGGGGGACGAGGACGGCGGCGACGGCGGGCUGGGCCCCGGGGCGCCCCCGGGCCCCCGGCUGCGCCACUCCAAAUCCAUCGACGAGGGCAUGUUCUCCGCCGAGCCCUACCUCCGGCUGGAGUCCGCCGGCGCGGGGAGCGGCGUCGGGUACGGGGGCUACGGGGCCGGGGGCCGAGCCUACGCGGGCAGCGGGGGCAGCAGCGCCUUCACCAGCUUCCUGCCGCCCCGACCCCUGGUCCACCCGCUGACCGGCAAGGCCCUGGACCCAGCCUCCCCGCUCGGGCUGGCCCUGGCCGCCCGAGAGCGGGCGCUGAAGGAGUCCUCGGAGGGCGGCGGGCCCCCCCAGCCCCCUCCAAGGCCCCCAUCGCCCCGCUACGAGGCGCCGCCGCCCACCCCGCACCACCACUCGCCCCACGCCCACCACGAGCCGGUGCUGCGUCUCUGGGGGGCCUCACCGCCGGAUCCCGCCCGCCGGGAGCUGGGGUACCGGGCAGGGCUGGGCAGCCAGGAGAAGUCCCUUCCGGCCAGCCCUCCAGCGGCCCGACGCUCCUUGCUGCACCGCUUGCCCCCCACAGCUCCCGGGGUCGGGCCCCUCCUCCUGCAGCUGGGGCCCGAGCCCCCGGCCCCGCACCCCGGGGUGAGCAAGGCGUGGAGGUCGGGGGCCCCCGAGGAGCCGGAACGGCUGCCCCUCCACGUGCGGUUCCUCGAGAACUGCCAGCCCAGAGCCGGCGGCGCGGGCGGAAGGGGGCCCCCCUCGGAGGACGGGCCGGGGGUUCCGCCUCCCAGCCCGCGCCGGUCCGUACCGCCCUCGCCCACCUCCCCGCGGGGCGGCGAAGAGAACGGGCUCCCCCUGCUGGUCCUGCCGCCCCCCGCUCCCUCGGUGGACGUGGAAGACGGCGAAUUCCUCUUUGUGGAACCGCUGCCCCCGCCUCUGGAGUUCUCCAACAGCUUCGAGAAGCCAGAGUCGCCGCUCACACCCGGGCCUCCGCACCCGCUGCCGGACCCCCCCACCCCAACCACCCCGUUGCCCCCCGUGCCGCCGCCCGCCGUGGCCGCCGCGCCUCCCACCCUGGACUCCACGGCGUCCAGCCUGACUUCCUAUGACAGCGAGGUGGCCACACUGACCCAGGGGGCCCCCGUGGCUCCCGGGGACCCCCCUCCGCCAGGCCCGCCGGCCCCGGCCGCCCCGGCUCCCCCGGCCCCACAGCCUGGCCCCGACCCGCCGCCUGGCACGGAUUCUGGUAUCGAGGAGGUGGACAGUCGGAGCAGCAGUGACCACCCGCUGGAGACCAUCAGCAGCGCGUCCACACUGAGCAGCCUGUCUGCCGAAGGCGGUGGCAGCGCCGGAGGCGGCGGCGGCGGUGGCGGCGGGGCCGGUGUGGCCAGUGGGCCGGAGCUCCUGGACACGUAUGUGGCCUACCUGGACGGCCAAGCCUUCGGGGGGAGUGGUGCUCCCGGGCCACCGUACCCCCCGCAGCUCAUGACUCCUUCCAAGCUCCGGGGCCGGGCUCUGGGGACCAGCGGAGGCCUGCGGCCCGGCCCUAGUGGGGGACUCCGGGACCCUGUCACUCCCACCAGCCCCACAGUCUCCGUGACGGGGGCUGGAACGGAUGGGCUGCUGGCCCUGAGCGGUUGCACAGGACCCUCAUCGGCGGGUAUGGCCGGGGGUCCGGUGGCUAUAGAGCCAGAAGGCCCACCCGUGCCCUUGCCAUCAGCCUCCUCUCUGCCUCGGAAGCUGCUGCCCUGGGAGGAGGGCCCGGGCCCACCGCCACCACCCCUGCCCGGGCCCUUGGCCCAGCCUCAGGCCUCAGCCUUGGCCACAGUAAAAGCCAGCAUCAUCAGUGAACUCAGCUCCAAGCUUCAGCAAUUUGGGGGCUCCUCGGCAGCUGGUGGCGCUCUGCCCUGGGCCCGGGGAGGCAGCGGGGGAAGCGGGGACAGCCACCACGGGGGAGCCAGCUACGUCCCCGAGAGGACCUCUUCCCUGCAGCGGCAGAGACUCUCCGAAGACUCCCAGCCCUCGCUCCUCUCCAAACCCGUCAGCAGCCUGUUUCAGAACUGGCCCAAACCACCUCUGCCGCCACUCCCCACGGGAACUGGGGUCUCCCCUUCCGCCGCUGCAGCUCCGGGGGCCACGUCACCCUCAGCCUCCUCCUCCACGUCCACCCGCCACCUCCAGGGCGUGGAGUUCGAGAUGCGGCCGCCUCUGCUCCGCCGGGCCCCCAGCCCCUCACUGCUGCCCGCCUCGGAGCACAAGGUCAGCCCUGCGCCCAGGCCCUCGUCCCUGCCCAUCCUGCCUUCUGGACCCUUGUACCCGGGCCUCUUUGACAUCCGUGGCUCCCCAACCGGAGGGGCAGGAGGCUCCGCUGACCCUUUCGCCCCCGUCUUUGUGCCGCCACACCCCGGGAUGUCCGGGGGGCUUGGUGGAGCCUUGUCAGGGGCCUCCCGCUCCCUCUCACCAACCCGCCUGCUUUCGCUGCCCCCGGACAAGCCCUUCGGCGCUAAACCUCUGGGGUUCUGGACCAAGUUCGACGUGGCUGAUUGGCUCGAGUGGCUGGGCUUGGCUGAGCACCGAGCACAGUUCCUGGACCACGAGAUCGAUGGCUCCCAUCUGCCCGCCUUGACCAAGGAGGAUUACGUCGAUCUGGGCGUGACCAGGGUGGGCCACCGCAUGAACAUCGACCGGGCUCUCAAAUUUUUCCUGGAGAGGUGAUGGCUGGCCUGGACGGACCAGCCCGUCCACAGAACCCUUGAGCCUACUGGCCUCUUGACCUCUGACCCCUGACCGUCAUUAUCUCCCCCUGGGCCAGGGACUCUGCUAGAACUGCGCCCUGCCCUGCCCUCGUCUCCCAAGGCCGGAGGUCACCGGGUGGCCAGAUCCCCGGCCAGACAUUUGCACCUCACAGGAGGGGGCAGCUGACACAAGACUGUGUGUGAAG